AUGGUUGAUUGCAAGCUCGUGGCCACUCCGGUUUCAACCACGAAUGUCGAGACUGGUGCCGCGGUGCCAUAUGUUGAUCCCACUCAGUAUCGCAGCUCUGCAGGUGCUCUACAAUAUGUUACGGUAACUCGUCCUGAUCUUUCCUAUGCAGUCAAUCGUUUGUGUCAGCACAUGCACUCUCCAUCCACUGUAGAUUGGGCGGCUCUCAAGAGGGUGUUAUGGUAUGUAAAUGGGACACUACAUCUCGGUCUUAAAAUUACUUCCUCUCCCUCUGUGGAUAUUCAUGCUUAUUCUGAUUCCAAUUGGGCUGGCAAUCCUGAUGAUCGAAAAUCUACCUAUGGUUUUGCUGUGUUUUUCGGGACCAAUCUUGUCUCAUGGGUUUGUCGAAAACAGCGUACUGUGGCUCAUUCCUCAACUGAGGCAGAAUACAAAGGACUCGCUGAUGUUUCUGCAGAGCAUGAUUGA